AGAAACAGCUCCCAGAAUCUCUAAAUAAAAGCGAGAAAGUGCAAAGGUUGUUUAAAAAAGAACAAUCACAUGGGUGCCGCCAUUACCUCUGGAUGUAAACAAGCUGGGAUUGGUCAGCUUCCUGGACGCAACGUCUGAUUGGUCCAUCUGGUUACUAUAGCAACCUCAGUUGUUUACACUCCUUUUUCACUAAUUUACAAAACUGAAGAUAAUGCACGGGCAUGGUUUAUUUAAUUGGUGGGGAUUCUCACCUCCAGUUAAUCUCCUAAGCUACAUGGAUGGUAAAAGGAGCCUAGGAGACACGAUGCAGGUAGUGGUGAUAGGCGCCGGCGACCCUCGUCAUCUUCUGCUGAUGAUGGCCAGGUACAGGAGCAGCCAUAACCCGCGUCUCAGGGUGUACGUGUUGGAGGCCCAGGUGGAGCUGUACGCGCGGGUGUUACUGCUGAUGGGAGCCAGCCUCCAGCAGGGACUGGGACUCAGGGAGAGGGCCGCUCUCCUCCUCGACCUCUGGGGCAACCUCUGCCUCAGGCCAACGUCCAAAGGCUACCUGGAGCUCGCCGCACGUAGGCUUUCCAUAUCAGUGACUGACGCGGCCCAGUACCAGACUCUCCUUGGUAUGAUCUCUGCUGAGAAGCUCAAGUACCGAGAGAGGGACGCCAUCGAGGCCGUCUGCAGGACUUGGUACACACUCACGCCAAAACAAUAUGACCCAGCGCUCUGCUGGGAUUUGCGUCUAAGACAUCUGUUGAAGACUCGCUACGACAACAGGCAAGCGGAAGCGGACUGGGCUUGGCACAUGCGUCUCGCUCACCGUAUCCAGCACCUUCAUGUGAACCCUUCCGGGAAAUUGAAAGCUGGAGACGACGAAGGCAGGGGACGAGUAGAUGGGUACGUCGGUGUGGGCUCCGGUUGGGGUCAAGAGUUCUUGGAGUGGCGAGAGUCGGGCCAUGCAUUUUCUGUGGGCACAGACGCCACCUCUCGUCUUCCAAACACCUCGCUGGCCUCAGUGGCGAUGGUGUCGGAGGGGCUGGCGAAGCAUCGCCGGGUCGGGUACUGGGGCGACCUCCUCACCGGACCUUUCCCUGCCCUGGCCCUCGCCGCCACCGACCCCAGGGUCGCCAUGACACACAACGGCAAAACCAGAUAUAGCGGAAGUGAGGCGGCCUUGUGGAACCUAGAUAACCUUCUACACGAAUUGUGGACUCACCACCUCCUGCAGGACGACCAAGUGGUGGGGAAGCAAGCAGAAGAGACUUACCACCACCUACAGGAAGACCAGGCAGUGGGGGAGCAAAGAGAAGAGGGAGUGGAUGAUGUGACAGAUAAAGAGGUGGACUGGAAAGUGGUACAAACACAAAAGGAGUUAGAACAUGAGAUGCUAGUGGAAUGGAAAGCAGAGAAGCAGUUAGAAAUGAAAAGAGAAACGGCACAACUACUUGAUCAAAAGAAUGUGACAAAGAAUUUCAGAGAGAAGGAUAAGAAUAAAAUGCCAGUGGGAACAACAAAAAAUACAAAUACAAGCACUAAUGCAAGUACAAAUGAAAAUACAGAUAAAAGUAACUUUGAUAAUGAAACACUUACAGGUAACACAGUGCGUACAGACGCAUCCAACCAAGAGUGUUCGCCGGUGUGUCAUGCUACGGAAACACAACCUACCCAAUGUUCCGCUUCAGUUAUUCUUAAUAACCAGCCUCAGACGGAAGCAAAACAUGUAGAGAACAGUGGAGGUGAACCAAUGUGUAAUGCUUCACAGGAGUGGGUACGUUGUUGGGUGGAGGAGGAAGGAGAACGUGGUACCUCCUGCAGGACCGGGUUGGAGGAGGCAGGAGGGCGUGGUGCCUCCUGCAGCAGCGGGUUGAAGGAGGCAGGAGGGCGUGGUGCCUCCUGCAGCAGCGGGUUGAAGGAGGCAGGAGGGCGUGGUGCCUCCUGCAGCAGCGGGUUGAAGGAGGCAGGAGGGCGUGGUGCCUCCUGCAGCAGCGGGUUGAAGGAGGCAGGAGGGCGUGGUGCCUCCUGCAGCAGCGGGUUGAAGGAGGCAGGAGGGCGUGGUGCCUCCUGCAGGACCGGGUUGGAGGAGGCAGGAGGGCGUGGUGCCUCCUGCAGGACCGGGUUGGAGGAGGCAGGAGGGCGUGGUGCCUCCUGCGGUUACCUAGAGCUGGACGGGGUGGAGAUCAUCCUCCUAUCUCCAUCUCGUUUGAAUGCACUUAUUUCACUGCCAGAGGUUGAAGGCAGCUUAGAUGUGGUAUACCUGUCCGUAGCCAUGGCACAUCUGCUCACCCCAACACUACUUCGUUCUCACCUCUGUCCACACACCAAGCUAAUCCUCGAGACUGCCUCGAUGUUACCGGAGCUGACAGAUGACCAGGUGAAGGAGUUUGAGACCCGCAUGAUGUCUUCAGCAGACGAGGCCGGGUGGGAGGUGGCCGGCCCGCACCCUCUGUGUCACUUGAGGUUUAAAAGAAGAUGAAAUCCUUGUUUAAUUAUGCUGAUAUAUUGUUUUUU